AUGGACGUGGACGUGGACGUGGACAUGGACAUGGACGUGGACGUGGACAUGGACGUGGACGUGGACGUGGACGUGGACGUGGACAUGGCCGUGGACGUGGACGUGGACGUGGACGUGGACGUGGACGUGGACAUGGACGUGGACGUGGACGUGGACCUGGACAUGGACGUGGACGUGGACAUGGACGUGGACGUGGACAUGGACAUGGACAUGGACGUGGACGUGGACGUGGACGUGGACGACGUGGACGUGGACGUGGACAUGGUCGUGGACGUGGACGUGGACGUGGACACGGACGUGGACGUGGACAUGGAAGUGGACGUGGACAUGGACGUGGACAUGGACGUGGACGUGGACGUGGACGUGGACGUGGACGUGGACGUGGACGGACGUGGACGUGGACGUGGACAGGGUCUGGACGUGGACGUGGACGUGGACACGAACUUGGACGUGGACAUGGAAGUGGACGUGGACAUGGACGUGGACAUGAAGUGGACGUGGACGUGGACGUGGACGUGGAUUGUGGACGUGGACGUGGACGUGGACGUGGGCGUGGACGUGGACGUGGACGUGGACCUGGUCGUGGACGUGGACGUGGACGUGGACAUGGACGUCGACCUGGACGUGGAGGACUUGGACGUGGACGUGGACGUGGACGUGGACAUGGACGUGGACGUGGACGUGGACGUGGACAUGGACGUGGACGUGGACGUGGACAUGGACGUGGACGUUGGACUGGACGUGGACUUGGACGUGGACAUGGACGUGGACGUGGACGUGGACGUGGACAUGGACGUAUACGUGGACGUGGACGUGGACGUGGACAUGGACGUGGACAUGGACGUGGACGUGGACAUGGACGUGGACAUGGACGUGGACGUGGACGUGGACAUGGACGUGGACAUGGACGUGGACAUGGACGUGGACGUGGACGUGGACGUGGACGUGGACAUGGACGUGGACGUGGACGUGGACGUGGACCUGGACGUGGACGUGGACGUGGACGUGGACAUGGACGUGGACGUGGACAUGGAGGACUUGGACGUGGACAUGGAUGUGGAUGUGGACGUGGACGUGGACGUGGACGUGGACAUGGACGUGGACGUGGACGUGGACGUGGACAUGGUCACGGACGUGGACGUGGUCAUGGACGUGGACGUGGACGUGGACGUGGACGUGGACAUGGACGUGGACGUGGACGUGGAGGACUUGGACGUGGACAUGGACGUGGAUGUGGACGUGGACGUGGACGUGGACAUGGACGUGGACGUGGACGUGGACGUGGACGUGGACAUGGACGUGGACGUGGACGUGGACAUGGACAUGGACGUGGACGUGGACGUGGACAUGGACGUGGACGUGGACGUGGACGUGGACAUGGACGUGGACAUGGACGUGGACGUGGACGUGGACGUGGACGUGGACGUGGACAUGGACGUGGACGUGGACAUGGACGUGGACGUGGACGUGGACGUGGACGUGGACAUGGACGUGGACGUGGACAUGGACGUGGACGUGGACGUGGACGUGGUCGUGGACGUGGACGUGGACCUGGACGUGGACGUUGACGUGGACAUGGACGUGGACGUGGACGUGGACGUGGACAUGGACGUGGACGUGGACGUGGACAUGGACGUGGACGUGGACGUGGACGUGAACGUGGACGUGGACGUGGACGUGGAGGUGGACGUGGAGGUGGACGUGGACGUGGACGUGGACGUGGACGUGGACGUGGACGUGGACGUGGACAUUGACGUGGACGUGGACGUGGACGUGGACAUGGACGUGGACAUGGACGUGGACAUGGACGUGGACGUAGACGUGGACGUGGACGUGGACGUGGACAUGGAGGUGGACGUGGACGUGGACAUGGUCGACUUGGACGUGGACAUGGACGUGGAUGUGGACGUGGACGUGGACGUGGACAUGGACGUGGACAUGGACGUGGACGUGGACAUGGACGAGGACGUGGACGUGGACGUGGACGUGGACGUGGACAUGGACAUGGACGUGGACAUGGACGUGGAUGUGGACGUGGACAUGGAAGUGGACGUGGACGUGGACGUGGAGGUGGACGUGGAGGUGGACGUGGAGGUGGACGUGGACGUGGACGUGGACAUGGGGAUAUGGAC